UAAAAAUCGUCGCGGAUGGCUACAUCCCGGUGAAUAUUCCGGGCAACCGUCCGUCUACAUCCUGGUCCUGGUGUUCAUCCUGGGUCUUGACGCCGUAAAGUUCCCGGACGAAAAUCAGGAAGUGUGUCACUAUGGAUGGUGCUCAGGAUGUUGGUAUAGACCUGGACAUGAAUGUGGACUGUCUGACUCACAAUAACGUUCACCCAGACAGCCCCCAAUCCUUCAACAUGGAACCAGACAGUGGAGGAGAGAAGAGGAAAGGUGAUGAUAACAGUGAUGAUGACUAUGAAGAUGGGAACCCUGAGAAGAAACUCCGGAUGAACCAUGAUGACUACAGGGAGGGGUACACAACUAUGGAACAGCUGGUAGGGGUGACUGGUGACCAGAGUGUGCCCACAAGUGAAGAUGACCUUCACCAUGUGUCAGGGUCGACCUUGGAGCAUGUGGAAGAUUCCAUGACUACAGCUGUGCAGCUGGCUACGACCUCGGGACAACAGAUACAGGCAAGGGCUGGCUCAUUUAGAGAGUCUUCCACUCUGUCUCAGCUGUUAGAGGUGUCCGGGAUGGACAGUUCGCCUGCCACGCCCUCCUCUGACAAGACAGAAGAGGCGGCUCCAGUCAACCAGGCCUGGUUCACCACUAAAGAGGACAAAACCAGCCUGCAUGGCAAAGGUCACAGCUGGAAGCAAGGGAUGUGGUCCAAGGAAGAGGUGGAAGUACUGAAAGCCAACAUUGAACAGUACUGUAAGGACCACAACAUUGAGGAUGCUGCUGAGGUUGUGUUUGAGAUGUCCAAAGACGAGCGGAAGGAUUUCUACCGAACCAUCGCGAAAGGCCUAAACAGACCACUGUUCGCCAUUUAUCGUAGAGUCCUCCGGAUGUACGACAACCGGAACCAUGUCGGAAAGUACACUCCUGAGGAGAUUGAGAGAUUGAAAGAGUUAAGGCAGAAGCAUGGUUCCAACUGGGCUGCCAUCGGGGUAGCCUUGGGUCGCAGUGCCUCAUCGGUGAAAGACAGGUGUCGACUCAUGAGGGACUCCUGUAACUCUGGCAAGUGGAGUAACGAAGAGGAAACUCGGCUCCAAGACGCGGUUCACGAGGUGACGAACACGAUCCACGGCCAGCCGGUGACGUCGGGGAUCUCGUGGGCGGAGGUGGCACACCGCGUGGGCACGCGCUCGGAGAAGCAGUGUCGCUCCAAGUGGCUGAACUACCUGAACUGGAAACAGGCGGGGGGAGAUGAGUGGACCAAGGAGGAUGAUAUGAACCUGAUACAUAAGGUGGAACAUUUGGACACAAAGGACGACACUGAUAUUGACUGGGUGAAAAUGGCUCAGGGCUGGAGCAGAAUGAUUGUCCGGUCCCCCCAGUGGCUACGGAGUAAGUGGUGGUCACUCAAGAGACAGAUCGCUGACCACCAGAACAUGGACCUUCCAACCUUGGUGCAGUGUCUGAAGACAGUGUUCAGUGACACGGUGCGUUCACGUAACGUGCGGUCAGACAUCACGAGAAUCAAGGUGACCCGGCUGGACGGAGUGACCCGUGACAUCCGGGGGGAGCUCCUGGUCAACGGUGGCCCAAGCCACGGCCAGGACUUGUCCAACAUGGCCACUGUCCAGCUGCCCAUUCCUGUCCCACAGGCUGGUGCCACAGCCACCAUCACUACCACAACUGUAGCAGCCGCCGAGCAAGGUAACCAACCAGUGCAGCCGGAGGAGAGCCAGCUCAUAGCCGGCACCUCCUAUCAGUCGUUUGAGGUACUGCAGUCCACCAUGCAGCUGACCCCUACCAGUACCCAGGGGACCUACAUCCUUCGUCCAUCUUCCGGCAUGGUGUACACCGCCACGCCAACCUCGUCUGACCAGAUCAUCGUUCAAACUGUCCAGACUGACCAACUGGCCAGUAAUGAGAACGUGACCGUCCAGCUGACCCCACAGUCUGACCACAUCAUCAUCAGCACCUCGACCGGCCAGGACCAUGACAUCACCACCACACUCAACACCUCCGACAUCGCCGCCAUCAGCCAAUCAGGACUCCCCGAUCAGGGCAUGGGCCAUCCUGACGACAGUUUAAAUGAAGUCUCCCAGUCAGAAGACCUGGCCUGUAGCAGCCACCUACAGGACAAUGUCAGCCAAUCACAGUACAGUGAGGACUCCAACAUCAGCCAAUCAGACUACGGUAGUCAUACAGCUGUCUGCCAAUCAAGUUACACUGCCCACCCCAUAGCCAGCCAAUCAGAUUUUACUUCUCACGUUCGAAUCUGCCAGUCUGAUAUAACUGGACACGCCACUAUUAGCCAAUCAGAUCUCAGUGCAGAAGCCAUCAGCCAAUCAGUGAUAAGCUCUCAAGAUGUCAUCAGCCAGUCACAGCUUGGAGAGCAACCUGGCAGCAGCCAAUCAGAGCUGGAUGCACACCACUCCAUCAGCCAAUCAGAUCUUGAGGACCACAGCCACAUCAGCCAAUCAGGGCUGAGUGAUGAUGGAAGCAUCACCACUGCACAUUUGCUGCCUGACAGUGCACACUAUGUGACAGCUGAGGGCAUUGUGAGCACCAGUAUGGCAGAUGUCAGUCAGUCGGAGGGUCUGGACGUCACCACCUCGGCCUCCACUCACUACGUCAUCGUCAGUGACAACGUCACCUUCGUGCAGUCCUCAACCUCCGAUGUGGAUGACGGACAGCUGUCAACAUCUGAUGUCAUACCAUUCGCAACUCUCACAGGCCCCAUCCUGCAGCACUCGGACCCUGAUCUCCUGGCCUCCUCCUCAGACAUGGUGCAGCACGACCUCACCUCUACUACUCACACUGAUGACGACAUGGCCGACUUCAGGGGGGUGAACUGAGCAUGCUUCAACUUCUCACCCAUCCUCUACUACUGCCACACAAACUGCAUCUUAUGAAUGGCUGCCUCACCAAGACUCAAACUCCCUUAUGAGAGAGCAUGAAGAA